GUGCCUCAGACCCCCCCAGGCACUGGGGAGAGCUGUAUAAAAGGAGCCCUGUGCAGUUCAGUUCCAAUCCUCCUGAAGAUUCUCCUCUAUAUCAGAAUCACCUCUCUGCCGAGCCAUGUCCUGCUACGACCUGUGCCCCACCACCAGCAGCAUCGCCUGCCCACAGCCCAUCGCCAACAGCUGCAAUGAUGCCUGCGUCCGGCAAUGCCCCGACUCAACAGCCCUCAUCCAGCCACCGCCCGUCGUCGUCACCUUCCCCGGCCCCAUCCUCAGCUCCUUCCCCCAGCAAGCCGUGGUGGGCUCCUCCGGAGCACCCGCCUUUGGCGGCUCCCUGGGGCUGGGGGGCCUCUAUGGCUCCAGGAGCUCUUAUGGCAUCGGGAGCUCCUUAGGGUACGGAGCGCAGUAUGGCUACGGGAGCUCAGCCCUCUCCACGCUCGGCGGUGGGUUCUGCAGCCCCUUCUCUUCUCGUCGCUACAGCAGGAUCCUGCGGGGCAGCUGUGGGCCCUGCUAAGGGCAGAAGGGCAGGGGAAUCUCGCAUGAAGGCCCAAGCAGAGCAAUGAGGACGGGGCUUGGCGCACCAGCAGCCUGGUUUCGACUUAGCAUUUCUGGUCUUUCAUCUGUUUUUGGUUUUCCCUUCAGUUUCUGGGUCGUUGUUCACUGUUAUCAGCUGUUCCAGCUAUCCCAGUUUUGUGGGUAGCACAUGCAACAUAAACAUCACUCCUAAUGGCAUCUUCACCAGGAGCUGCACAGCUGCUGAGAACAAA